AUGAGCAGCGCCUCCGCGCCGGGCCCCGCGCCCGCCUGCCUCACCCUCUGGGACGAGGAGGACUUCCAGGGCCGACGCUGCCGGCUGCUGAGCGACUGCGCCAACGCCGGCGAGCGCGGAGGCCUGCGCAGGGUGCGCUCGGUCAAGGUGGAAAACGGAGCUUGGGUGGCCUUUGAGUACCCCGACUUCCAGGGACAGCAGUUCAUCCUGGAGAAGGGAGACUAUCCUCGCUGGAGCGCCUGGAGCGGCAGUAGCGGCCACCACAGCAACCAGCUGCUGUCCUUCCGGCCAGUGCUCUGCGCGAACCACAGUGACAGCCGAGUGACACUGUUUGAGGGGGAGAACUUCCAGGGCUGCAAGUUUGAACUCAGCGAUGAUUACCCAUCCCUGCCCUCCAUGGGAUGGGCCAGCAAGGAAGUGGGUUCCCUCAAAGUCAGCUCCGGAGCGUGGGUGGCCUAUCAGUAUCCAGGCUACCGAGGCUACCAGUACGUCCUAGAGCGGGACCGGCACAGCGGCGAGUUCCGUAACUACAGCGAGUUCGGCACGCAGGCCCACACUGGGCAGCUGCAGUCCAUUCGGAGAGUCCAGCACUAG